UAACAUAUAAUGCACACACGUAAUGGAGUAUAUAACCGUUCGAGGCGGUCGGAAAUGGAUCAGUAGCCGACAGUGGAUCGCAAGGAAAAUUCCUGGAAGAAUAGCAAGGGAAGAAAAAGAAGAUUCGUCGAAGGAGACAGCCAUGAAGUUGCCGCUUUUGCAGCUCGCGACGUCGAUUCUCUUAACCGUUCCCGCCAACAGCUGGCCUUAUCACGGCACGGUGGGCGGCGGAGAAUCGACGGUGUUGGUCGGCCCAGUUUACGGACUGUCACCUGUCAGCCUGUUGCCCCCAAAACCGGACGAGGUUCUGGGGACGGUCAUCCGUGGCCCCGUGACGGGAACCACGUUCGUCGAGGGAUCGUCUUCCGGCCCCGUGACCAUCGUGUCCCCUGGAACGCCCACGCACGCACCCCAAACAACGCCUUCCCCUACGCAAACCGUCGUCUCAGGUGUGCCGGAAGAUACGGUGCUCAUUAAAGGAGCCUCGGCUGGGGCGGUGACGUUGGUUGCCCCGUCUGACAAUUCUAUCGCCAAUAACGCGGCGUCAGCCGUGGCCGAGGCGAAGAAAGGCGGCGGUGCAGCAGCGUCAGCGGCUGUUGCAAUCGAAAAUGCAGAAGAAUCGUCGGCCAACGCGGCGCCAAUUAAGGAAACAAUAGGCGUAGCGUCGGCGAACGCGGUAAUAGGUCCCUCAACCGGGCCCAUAAUCAUUGCCGGUCCAACUGCUCCCCCCCUACCGAUUCCCGUUUCCACGUCCGAACAACCGGUUGCAGCCACCGUUGUUGAGACGAAUUCCGAUUUUGUCAGCGUGGCCUCCACCGCAGCCGCCAAUCUGUCAGUCUCGACCGUUGAACGAGCCGAGGAUGAGCCCAGUCCAGCGACAGAUAGGAUAGAAUCAAGGAAGAUCGAGGGUUCGGCAUCAAGCUCGAGCACCGUGACGACCGCUUCCGGGAGCUCCACAGCAUCCGCAACAGCGAGAGUUAAUUUGAUUUCGCCAGCGUCUACGAUCGCGGUCGGUCCCUUAAGUAACGUCGUCGUAUCGCCGACGAAAGCAUCGUCGUCCGCGAUAGUUGUUUCCGGCCCCUUGGGUACCGUUUCCACCGCAAGUGUAUCUCCACUGGAUCGGAUCAAGACGCCUCUUUAUCCGUUGUAGAGCGUAACCGCGCAUCCUCACUCCCUUACCUUGUUCCUUGGUUUCGAGACACCGUGUCGUCGAUCGACAAAAUACCUGAUCGAUCAAUUACUCCCUGUGUAUCGUUCCUUAGGUGAGCAUUUGUAGGCGCGAUUUAUAGGCAAAAACGCGUUGCGUUGACAUUGCGUUGGCGAGUCGAAGGGGGAAAAGCGCGCAAGGAUAACCGGAGAUCGACUUUGCACGCGACUUGGCAUUGAUGGCCGCCGUUCGAUACAAUGGAGAGAUAUUUUUUAUUUUUUUUCCUAUCUCGUCCGAGCAUAGUACUACGGACUUUUGUGUUGUAAUAAAGACUUGCAUAUGGAUAAGAAGA